AACCACUAUAUUAGAUGUAAAGAAGCAAAAAGAGACAAAAGUAAAUUACAUAAUUAAUCAAUAUUAAAUUAAUUUCUUGACUAGAAUCAUGAUAAGAACUUAAUUAAAUUAGCUCAGGAUGCGUAUACAUAAAAUUUUGUGCCGGUUGUUACCUUUUUCCUUUUUUCUCACUCAUUCGGUGAAAUGAUCUAUGCUUAUAUAUUCUCACAAUUUUUCUCAUAUUGAUACUAGAUUAUCAGAUCUUAACAGUAGUGACUCAUUGUAACAAUUCUUCAUAAAUUUCUGAGUUUUUCAGUUUUUGGUCUCUCAUCAUAUAAAGCGGAGGUUUCAAGCAAAAUUAGCUCACAUGUUUCAGAAUUUUAAUUUUAAUAUAAUUUAAUAGUAUUAUAAAUUCUUCUUCAAUUUUUAUCUUCACUAACAUCAGCUUCAUCAUCACUCACCGGUUACUUUAAGGGAAAAAUGGAGUUUGGUGAAACAGAGAAAAAAGAGCUUAAUUCAAAGGUUCAAUGGAUACCCACAACACCAUUUAAGCCAAUUGCUCAAAGACCAGUACCGAUCUGCAAUUCUGGAGAGAGAAAUCAGCUGAAUUCUCAUUUCAAUGGAGAAUUUUCAUGUAAUGAAACUUUAAGCGGUGGAGAUGUUAACAACCUGUCAGAAACUGUGGCUGUAGCAUCAGACAUUGGUGGUGACAAUGCUAGAACUAGGGUACAGAUAUCCUUUGAUGAUAAUGUUCCUAGUUCAAGUAAUAGUUUUGCUGAACUUUUGGCUCAGGCAGAGGCGGCGCCAUCGUCGUCGUAUUCGAAUGCAUCAUAUGGAUUUCCAGGGAACCAAUUUGUUCCUGGUGUGUGGAACUCACAGUUCAACCAAAAUUAUGCAUUUUUAUAUCAGCAACAACCCUUCCUCAAUUUAAUUCAUAACGGUUACCAAGAUCCUCAGGGUACACCGUACUUGGGUUAUUAUGACAAGACCAAUUCCCAGGUUGCUCUGCCUCCAGAAAAUAACACAACAUCAAAAGACAAACAAGUUGUGGAGACACAAAUAUGUAUGGAUCAAAGGGAAGACGAGAAUAAUGCCUCGGCCACAAUGUGCAACAAUUCACAAAACAAACUUUAUGAUCCUGUUAUAGACUUGAAUGCUGUUUCUACACCAUGCAAGGAGAAUAACAACCACAAUAAGGAAAUACACCAUGCUAUUGAUCUUAAUGAAAUACCCCAAACAAAACCGAAAAGAAGAAAGCAUCGCCCAAAGGUCAUAAAAGAAGGCAAACCCAAAAAAACUCCAAAGCCACCCACUCCAAAGCCUGAUCAAUCAAAAGAAAACUCAACUCAAAAGAGGAAGUAUGUGAGAAAGAAAGAAUCAAACGCAACUCCAGCAGAAGUGACAGGGGAAUGCACUGAACCAUUGAUGUCUGAGUCUGCCAAAAAGACAUGUAGAAGGUCCUUAAUCUUUGACAUACCAGAACAACCAAGAGAUGAAAAUUCUGCAUGCAGAGAAGAAAAUGCAACUACAUGUUUUGGUGGAGAAAUUGGUAUAGAGGUCCAGGAAACACAUGCUUUACAAGAAGAUGCACAAGCCUCCAGCAGUAACGGAAAACUUUCCAAUACAGGAUCACAAGAAGUUCGUUCCAAGAGAAAACUAUCUGGUACCGCAGAACAAGCAGACAGCAGCAGCAUUAAUAUGAUUGGGGCCCAAUAUAAUUUAAUGCAAGCGUACCAGUCAAAGUAUUGGGCCCAAUUUCCAAAUGUUCAGAAGAAAAAGAGAAGUGAGAAGGGGAAAUUUUCAAAUACAUCUAAUACAUCUUCCAUGGCUGCUAUUAAAGAUGUACAACUUGCAAGAUGCUCUGAAGAAAAUGCUAGAUCACAUCCGGAUGCAUCAACUUCUAAUGGCUGGACUACUGCUUCUGCUUCUGAAUAUGAAACAGCGAGACUCCUAACCAUGCUAGCUACAGAAACAGCUACCUAUGACAAAUCUCAAUCGCUCGAGUACAAUUUAUUUUCAGGACAAAGCAGACCAACCAAAAAAAGAUCCAGAGUCACUACCAGAAUUCAAGAUUGCACUUCACUGACCAUAAUUAGAAACUGUGAUGCCAAACUGACUAAUAUUGCAAGCUUAGGCAGCUCUGAUAGACAGACAUUUGAGGAUGCAGAAAGACCACAAACAGGCAUUGAUGCUCUAGUUGCGGAGAUGCGUGCAUCACUCACAAAAAAGAAACGGAGUAAAAAGAGAAGUGCGUCAAUCAGUUCUGCAUAUUCUCGCAUAAACGAAAUGCAACAUCAGCCCUUGCAGAAUUCAUUAGGUGUUGCUUGUGGAGAGAGUUGGAAAAGUGUACCUACUGUGGACACGUUAACACAGCAAUUUAGACACCUAAACAUAUAUAGAGAAGCUAGAGAGCUUGUGUUGUGUGAACAGAAUGCACUUGUCCCUUACAACCGGCAAAAUGAAAAACACAAAGGCCAGGUUCAUAAGUAUGGCACCAUCAUUCCCUUUGAGGGUGUGUUUGAUCCCAUCAAGAAACAGCGCCCACGACCUAAAGUUGACCUUGAUGAGGAAACUAAUAAAGUGUGGAAACUUCUGAUGUUGGAUAUAAACAGUCAUGGGGUUGAUGGAACAGAUGAAGACAAGGCCAAAUGGUGGGAAAAUGAACGAAAUGUUUUCCGAGGAAGAGCAGAGUCAUUUAUUGCACGGAUGCAUCUUGUUCAAGGAGACAGGCGUUUUUCUCGAUGGAAAGGAUCAGUGGUGGAUUCGGUGGUUGGAGUUUUUCUCACUCAAAAUGUCUCAGAUCAUCUUUCCAGUUCUGCAUUCAUGUCCCUUGCUGCUCGAUUUCCACUGAAGUCAAGCAGCAACUUCGAUACAUGCCAUGAGGAAAGUGCAAGCAUGAUAGUCAACACACCAGAGGUGCAGAUUGUGGAACCAGAAGAAAAUGCAAAGCUGGAAGACAUAAUAUUGAAUCAAUCUGUUCAUGAAUUGAGUUCUAUGACAAAAGAUAUCAUUGAACAUUCUGAAGAAAGAGAAACUGUUGACAGCAACAGCAUUGAUUCCUGUGGAACUACUGGCAGCUUAAAUAGCUUAAAAGAUGAAUCAAAUUGUAAACUGUCAGAACCAGCUCAAAGCAAUAUUAGGGAACAUGGUACAAUGGAAUUUGUUAAUCCAACUACUGGGGAAGGGCAUGAAAAUUCAUGUCGUGGAGGUGUUAGGAAAGAGUUAAAUGCUUUAUUUUCAUCCCAUUGCUCCAUUGUUACAUCUCAAUUGUCUGGAGGUUUUUCAAUUGAUCAAAAUCCUGAGAAGAUAGGAUCAUUCUCAGACAGCAAUGCAGAAGUAGAAGAUCAGCUAAGCACAGCCGAAUACAAUUUUUCCAACAGUACUUCUUUCAGUAAGCUUCUAGGAAUGGCAAGUUCAACCCAGGUACAUGAAGUUAACAGUCAGAGAAGCAAUCCAACUGAGAGUUUGAGAGAUUCAUACGGUCAAUCUGCAGCUAUGAGGCAUGACAACCUGGAACAGAACAUGGAAAAAUCAAAUGUUACUCAAAGCUCCUUAGAAGCAAUCGUGGCACAAUGCAAUGACUAUAGUCUGAAAAUGACCCCCAACUCUGGAGUCCUAGAACUCAACUGCUAUAAUCCUGUCAAUUUUGAAGCCUCAUCAAGUGGCUCCUCAAUGAAUAACAUAAGCUCGAGUUCUCCAACAGAGUCUCACAGCAUGCUAUCCCAAGUCCAUCUUCAGCAACAGAGUGAUCACAAACAGCACAAGGCUUUCCACAUUUCUGGACAAAGUCAAGAUCUUAUGCAGAAAUCAAGGGAACCAGAUUCUGGUGACCACAAUUAUGCUAUGACGAAUGAAAACAGUAAGUUAGAUUCUGCCCCUGUAAAAUCAAAAGGCAAGGAGCGCGUGAAAGAGAAAAAGGAUAACUUCAAUUGGGAUAGUUUAAGAAUACAGGCACAGGCUAAGGCAGGGAAGAGAGAAAAGACGGAAAGCACCAUGGACUCUUUGGACUGGGAUGCUGUAAGACGUGCAAACGUAAAUGAAAUUGCCGAUGCAAUCAAAGAAAGGGGCAUGAACAACAUGCUCGCUGAACGUAUUCAGAGUUUCUUGAAUCUACUUGUUGAAAAACACGGGGCAAUUGAUCUCGAGUGGCUGAGAGAUGUUCCACCUGACCAAGCAAAAGAAUUCUUGCUCAGCAUAAGGGGAUUGGGAUUGAAAAGUGUGGAGUGCGUGCGACUAUUAACACUGCACCAUCUUGCUUUCCCGGUGGACACAAAUGUUGGACGUAUUGCAGUGCGAUUGGGAUGGGUACCUCUCCAACCACUGCCUGAGUCACUACAGUUGCAUCUUCUAGAAUUGUACCCAGUGUUGGAAUCCAUACAAAAAUAUCUCUGGCCCCGACUGUGCAAGCUUGACCAAAAAACAUUGUACGAGCUGCAUUACCAGCUGAUUACAUUUGGAAAGGUCUUCUGUACAAAAAGCAAACCAAAUUGUAAUGCAUGUCCAAUGAGAGGGGAAUGCAGACACUUUGCAAGUGCUUUUGCAAGUGCAAGGCUUGCCCUCCCAGGACCAGAGCAGAAGAAUAUAGUUAUCUCAGGUGGAAACAAUGCAACUGAUCAGAACCCAUCAGUAAUCAUCAAUCAGUUGCCCCUGCCUCUCCCAGGACCGGAGCAGAAGAAUAUCGAUAUUACAACUGGAAACAAUGUAGCUGAUCAGAACCAAUCAGUAAUCAUCAAUCAAUUGCCCUUUUCUAUCACUGAAAACACAAACCAAGCAGAAGAACAUCAUCAGACAGUAAUGAUCAGGCAACUUGGAACGAACUCUGAAAUCGAUAUUUGCCAACCCAUUAUUGAAGAGCCAGCAACUCCAGAACCAGAAUGCUCUGAAGUAUUUGAAAAUGAUAUAGAGGAUGCUUUCUAUAUGGAUUCAGAUGAAAUUCCAACCAUCAAACUAGACAUAGAAGAGUUCACUACGAAUUUACAAAAUUAUAUGCAAGAAAACAUGGAACUUCAAGAAGGUGAAGUGUCAAAGGCCUUGGUUGCUCUAAAUCAAGAAGCUGCCUACAUUCCUACACCGAAGCUAAAGAACGUCAGCCGGUUGCGCACAGAGCAUUCUGUUUAUGAACUCCCAGAUACACAUCGUCUUCUGGAAGGGUGGGAAAAGCGAGAACCUGAUGAUCCUGGCAAAUACCUUCUAGCUAUCUGGACUCCAGGUGAGACAGCAAAUUCUAUUCAACCACCGGAAGGAAAAUGCAGCGCUCAGGAACGUGGCCAGCUCUGUAAUGAGGAGGAAUGCUUUUCGUGCAACAGUUUCCGUGAAGCUAAUUCACAAAUAGUUCGAGGGACUAUCCUGAUACCAUGUCGAACAGCUAUGAGAGGGAGCUUUCCGCUAAACGGCACCUAUUUUCAAGUCAAUGAGGUUUUCGCAGACCAUGAAUCAAGUCUUAACCCGAUCAGUGUUCCCAGAAGUUGGAUAUGGAACCUCAAUAGGAGAACAGUGCAUUUUGGAACCUCCAUACCAACCAUAUUCAAAGGUUUAACAACACCAGAAAUUCAACAGUGCUUCUGGAGAGGGUUUGUCUGUGUGCGAGGAUUUGACAGGCAAACACGAGCACCCCGUCCUUUGAAAGCUAGACUACAUUUCCCAGCUAGCAAAUUGGCCAAGACCAAGGAGAAGCCAAAAAACGACUCCACGGCCGCAAACACACAAGGAUUGAAUUCAAAACAAAAUGCAGACCAGCCAGAAUUUCUUGCUAGCAUUCCCAACUUGCGACAGAAUGGCGGAUCCUGAAGAUACAACAUAUUUUUUCCAUCCUGUAACAUGUGUAUAAUAGCAGGGUCAUUGCUAACCAACUUUAAGCCCGCCGAUGGUGCAAAGAGACCGGACCGGGCAGUUUUUUCGGACCAAACCUGUAUCAUGGUAAAAUUUAGGUUCUUAGCUUUCAUGAAGAGUAAUGUGAAUGCAUAAAUACUCAUGUAAUUUAAAUUUUAUGCACCUCAAUUUACCAAUUCCGUUUAAACAAUUAAUUAGUCAAAAUUUUACUUUUCA